CCACGGACGCUCCUCUGUCUGGAUAUCGCAGCCUGUUUCUUUUUCUUUUCUUUGGAUUAUAUUCAUCUGAUGGUUUUCAACUCCAACUCGAUGCAUAGAAAUGGGUAAACUGCACUCGAAACAUGCCGCUAUUUGUAAACCGAGGGAGAGUCCAGAAGGCGACAGUUUUGUAGUCAAUGCCUGUUUGGCGAGGAAGGGAAUCGACGACUGGCUCGUGAAGCAGAAAUACUACUGCACGAGCUCUCGCCUCGAGCAGCAGGACUGUCACCACAAGAAUAACUGCGGUUUGACUGCACGGGACUCCAUGGAUGAAGCAUGUGCUGAGGGGAUUGGUGAUGAACACUAUCGCUUAGAAGUGGCUUUACCCCCGGAGAAGACAGACAGCUGCUGUGUGGAGGAGAAGAUGCAGGAGAGGGACAGCCAAUCUCCCGCAGGGCCACAGAAACAGCUCCAGUUUGAAGAGCUGGAGUGCGCUGUGUCUGUGGAGGAGGACAACAGGCAGGAGUGGACCUUCACCCUCUACGACUUUGACAACAACGGCAAAGUAACCAGAGAGGAUAUCACCAGCCUGCUCCACACCAUCUACGAGGUUGUGGAUGCCUCCGUCAACCAUUCUCCCGGCAGCAGCAAGACAUUGCGGGUCAAGCUCUCGGUGGCUCCCGACUCCAGCCAGCGGUGGAGGAGUUGUACGCAGGGUGCAGCAGACUUGUCCCACCCCAGAGAGAAAAAUGACAAGUGUAUAGAAGACCCCAAGAUUGCAGACAAGAAGACUCGAGCACUUCUAAGGCGCCACCACAGUGACCACCACACCCAGCCGGGCUGCCAGCGCCACUGUGUGGAUGAGAACCUGGAACGCAGGAACCACUACUUGGACCUGGCAGGCAUUGAAAACUACACAUCCCGCUUCGGAGCCGCUCCCGUCACAGAGCCGGCGAAGGCAGAGCCUCAGACCCGCUCAUCCAACCAGACUCGCUCUCGCUCCCACGAACUGGAAAACAGCCACUCCCAUUCCCACCACCGCCGCUUGCAGACUGUUGUGGACACUGUUGCUCCAGACAGCCUCCACCCUGCCCGGCCGCGAGGCCAAGACUCAGGGAAACAUGCCCUCCGUUCUCCCAAGACCCACAGCCGCACACCUCCAGCACAGAUCAGUGGCAGGGUGAUGAGAAGCCGAGGUGUGCCUCCUCCCCCAGCCCUACCCAGCCAGACCCCCCCUCAUCAGUCCACAGCCCCCUACCGCAAGCACAAGCAGCGGUCCAAGGAGAGUCAGGGGUACCGCGCCUUGGGCCCUCUGGCAGCUUCAGGACCGGUGGUGGAGAAGGAGCAGGUGAGGGACCUGCCCAGCGUGCUGCUUUACGAGGGGGGGCUGGCACAAGUGGUGCAGCGGCAUGAGCAUCACCACCACCACGAACACCAUCACCACUAUCACCACUUUUAUCAGUCCUGAAUUUCCACCCUGCCUGGGGCAGCUCAGCAUUACUGCAGCCCCACAAAACCCAGCCAGACACUCAGACACUGACUGCAGCGAGCCUCCUCCUCAGACACUGUGCAGUUAGCAGUUAGCCCACCAGUGGCAUUGUAGUGGACGCAGGACAUGGGGAGGAGAGGAGGAUCAUAUGAGGGGCAGUCCAGUGCUGAGAUGUUAUUAACCAGUGUUAUGAAGAGAAGUGUAUGCAGCAGGACUGAGUAUCACUGCUGUGGUUCGAGAGGAGGGAUGGAGGGACGGAUUUAACGAACGGCUCCUCUCCCCCUGACCUUGUAUCCCACUACCUGAUGAACGCCACGGCUCCAAACCAGCACCACAGCCCUUCGAGACCACUAAGCCAAAAGGUUUUUAAGGAACAGGAGGGAUGAGAGGAAGAAAGACUAUGGUUGAAAAGAUGAAAAUAUAUGAAGGAAUAUAGGCGAUAGAAGAGCAGGGCAUAGCGCAUAUAUAUGUGUGUGUGUGUGUGUGUGUGUGUGUGUGUGAAGCAUUGUGUCAGUGUGUGGGCAAAACAAGAGUGUGUGUGUGUUUGUGUGUGCGCGCAUGCGCGUGUGUGUAAGAGAGUGAGUGUCACGACACUGGUGUCUGUUGUAAACCACUUGAAGUGCGCUCAUGGGUGCGUGAGUAUUUAAAGCUGGCUGUCAGGCAGGUUUUUGAAGAUGAAAAUGAAGAUUCUGAUCUAAGCACGCAAUACCCCGUCAGCAAAAAUGGGAAGGAAAAUGUUGAAAAGUUUAAAAAAAAGAAAAGAAAAAAAAGAACCAAGAUCCCAAAUCCGCUGCUACCUCUAAUUUUAUCCUAAUUAUUGUUGUAAUGGUGACUUUGACUAAGCAUUCAGAGGUUAUUUUCAAAUUACUUCAAAACUUUUUUGAAAGAAGAGAAAUUGUGUCACAAUCUGCAGUAUUGAAGUGUUGAGAAGCUCCUUACUUUUAUUUACUAACAUUUACUGUACAUAAGGUAUAUAUUGUUAUCAAUUUUAUAAGCUUUAUUGAUAAUGUGAUAUCUUUGUAUUCACUAUCUGAAGCUUUUAUGUUUCGUUGCCUACACAGACGCAUUUUAUAAAACCACUAGGAUCCCCAUUUUGCCUAGAAUACAACUGUAUUACUCACUCAGUCUCACACACUCCUCCUUCUCUCUCCGUUUCAUCUUUCUCACCUUGUGAUUAGAUCUGUAACUGUGACCUAGUAAUUAUGGCUGAAUGAGUCAAAUCCCAACUCUCAACAGUGCUGUUCAGUAGCAAUCAGGAGUGUGUAUACAACAAAAAAAAAUCAAGGAAUUAUUUUAAGGUACACAGUUGUUCUUUUGAAUACAUAUCAAAGCAUAUUGCUCGAGUUUAGUUCGUGUAAGCUUAGCUCUAAUUUAAUGGCCUUCGUGCUCUUCAUGUAGACCUUUAGUAUCUGGGUUCUACAUAAAGAUAAGUUAGAAAUAUGAUCAGCCUUUUACCCUUUAAAAUACAUCUACAGUAAGGCUCUUGUGAAGUUCCUGGAUCCAGGCAAUGUUUGCAUCAAAAGGUCUCUUUUUUUUUUCUUUCGGCGUCCAAAAUGUCAGCAGUUGAAUCACAUGUCCUCAGUCCCAUGAUACACUACACAACAGAACUAGAGAUGGUGUGAUCUGUGACAUCAGAGCAGUAGGGUACAGCAGUUCUGGCUCAGCCGGAUAGAGGUUGCUGUAUUCAUUUAUCAGUGUGGAGUUUGACCUUUUCUUUACAGUUAUUUAUGCAGGAAACUGUUUUGCUGAGCAUGCAUGUAAUUUUUCACUACUGCCCUGCUUCAGAUCCAAGGAGUUACUCAUAUUCACACCUGGGAAUUGCAUUGUUUCCCUUUUUGGACUUUGGUUUUCUGACUUUCAAGCCAGCGCUCUCCGUAGCAGCGCUGUUGUCCAGCCCCUCGGGCCUGGGCCAGGGUCACAUGGCUGCUCCCUCUGUUUCCAUGGCAUCUUCCUGUCCCCCAGCUGUCAGCAGGUCUUUGUGGCGCGGCGGGGCGAGGCCUCUUUCAGCUGUUUCAUUCCUCUGGUGCUGGAUAAUGUUGGGCCCGGCCCGGAGUCUCCACUAGACCCAUAACUCACCACUGCUGCUCUCCUGCCAGCACCAGGGACCGUCUGCUCAUCCUUUCCCAUGAUACUCUAUAGGCGCUACCAUAAACAUGCAGAUGUUGAUGGCACUAAUGUUGAAAAAUGUAUUUUACCUGUGUCACAUCUGGUCCGACAGAGGCAGUGAGGUGAGAGCUGCAUGUUCUCCAAGAUUGUUAACUGUUUUCCUGCUGAUAUUUUUGGUUGGGAUGUGUUCUUGUGCAGCACUUUCCUGUUUCCUUCUGGUGGAGCUGGUCUCCUGACCUUUAGAGCAAUGAGAGUUAAAGUGCCUCGCUCUAAGGUAGCCUCAUUCAUACAGAGGCGAGUUGGUUUGAGUGAACCAGACCCCGCUAUCAUUAGCAGACUUCAUACCCAAACUAUACGUUUGACUGUGUUAGAUUGUUGUAAGCUUGUGUGUUUUUGUGACGAGCAAGAAUGCAGUGUAUGCCAGUCCUUCCCUCAGCCCUGCGAUGUCCUCUCACAGCUGCAGGCUGUUCUUUAGCAAGAGGCACCAGUCAGACGGGUCAUCUCACGGGACCCAGUGGUGAAAACGGCGUCAUUCCCCGAGGGGGAUCACAGCUGCUCUCCAUACCUCAGCUUCUUCACCUCACACUGCUUUUCCUGGACAACAAGUCCUUGCUACUGGACCCCUGCUAACACUGUAACUCCUUUGUCAAUGCUUUUAUAUCAACCAAAACAGUGUCAAUACCAGUGUAUGAGUCUCUAAAUAUAUAAAAUAAAAUAUGUAAGUUGUGUGGACAGCAAGCAGUUAACGGACAGCAAGCCGGUGACUGUUCGUCCAGCAGGGUGGUCUGAUUCGACACGGUGAGCGAGGGCUUCUGAAGGAAUUUUGGUGAAAGACUCAGUCAGACCCACAGUCAGGUUGUAAUUUUUAAACUUCUUUCACCCAGACAGAGUCUUAGUGAAGACACAUGACUCUGGUUCACUUUCAUAGCAUUACCUAAAGAUACACUAGAAGCUACCAGCUACAAAUUAGGAGAUACAAAUGUACUUCCAAACCUGUGACCACAAAGCAGUUCACUGGAGCAAUUUGGAAUGAUUUGCUUUGCUCAAGGGCACCACAGCAGCAUUUGUUAAGGGUUGGGAAACCAGUUAUUUUCUAUUUUAUCACACAGACCUCAGACAGUCUUCAGAGGGAGUAAGCCUCCUUUAAAAAAAAAAAGAAAAAACACAUUAUCUCAAAACCUUAUUCUUUAAUCCUCCCACUGUUACUCUUUUCUUGUCUUUUGUCAUACUCUUGCAAUAUAUCUAUAUUUUCAGAGAAAAAAAAUGUGCAGGUGUCUCUGUCAUUUUAUCUGCAGUCAAGUUGUCGGCUAUCAGUUUAAAUCUACCAGGAUUUGUUUGUAUUAUUUUGUUUGCCAGAUUAUUAUGUGAGAGCUGGUGUAAUUUUAAUAUUUCAAACCAUGAAUGCCGCUCUUUGGAACAAAAAAAAAACAAACAAACAAAAAAAACCAAAAUGUCAAAUCAUGUCAUAUAAACGGCUCCAGAUCCAUCAUCUUCUGUCCUGUUGUAUAGGAUAUCCCGUAUUCAGAGCCACUUCUUUAUGUUAACACAGUAUGUAUUGCUCCACUAAUAUCCACGUAUCAACAUUAUUUUUUUUAAAAAUCUGAUGUAUAUAGUGGAAAGCAGAAAGGUUAAACCAGCAUCAUGUAGAAAGAAAAUAAGGCUUAUUUAUAAUUAAUGACUAUCUCGCUUGCCUACUGUCAGCUAGUACUCCUAAAUAGUAAAAUAUCUGCCACGCCAAUCUUGCUCAGCAGGGAGGAAUAAUUCUCUGCCUCUUCCACAAACUGUGUUUCUCUCUCUCUCUCUCCACACACAGACACACUUUAACUUGGUAUUUGUUGUAAAAGAAAACUGUUUAGCACUAGCUGUUUUUUUCCCUCUCCCUUCUAAUGUUUUUUCAUGACUUUGUUUAGUUUAUAUAGAUUGUAUUUGAUUAAUUGCUUUAUUUAUUUGAUAGCAGAUCUGUGCCAAGGGAAAUACCCUUUUAUUAAAGUAUGAACCUGUUCCUUA